AUGAGCAUGAAAACGGUGCUCAUCACAGGGUGCAGGGACGGCAGCGCAGGGUCAGCCCUGGCUCUUGAAUUCCACUCCCGGGGACAUCGCGUCUUUGCCACAACGACGGACGGUUCCAGAAUGAGUUCCUUAGAAGCCUGUCAAAAUAUCUUUAUUCUAGGGCUCGAUGUCACGUCACAAGCUUCUAUAGAAGCCUCUUUCUUAGAGGUCCAUGACGCUAUCGCUGCAGAGAGCAACGGCAAGGCACCCCAUCUUGAUAUCCUGAUCAACAAUGCGGCUAUUUUCAAGGCCAUGCCACUGGCUGAUGUCAAGUUGGAGGACGGUCGCAAAAUCUUUGAGGCCAACUUCUUCGGCAUCUUGGCUGUCACUCAGGCUUUUCUGCCUCUACUUCAAUCACCAUCCCCCGGAGACCGACCAAAGGGGCAUGUUGUGAAUGUGAGUAGCAUAGCGGCAACUAUGUGUCCACCCUGGCAAGGCAUGUAUGCCUCAAGCAAAGCAGCACUACUAGCGAUGAGCCACGUUAUGAGGGUGGAGUUUGCACCUUUGGGCAUUUCCGUGACCGUUGUCAUGUCUGGAGGCGUAGAAACGGCUGGGAUCAGAGAGAGCCAUCAACAGAACGAGAAAUUACCGGAGGGUAGUCUCUACAGUGUUCUUGCGCAGUCAAUUGAGACUAACGAGCGCGGGAGGAGCUUCAAAGGAACAGAUGGCGCAGACUUUGCUAAACAGGUGGUAGGCGAAAUUUUGUCGAAGAGAAAGAAGCCUAUGAUCUGGGGAGGCGCAUUUUCAUGGGUUGCGUGGGUGUUGAGUUGGUUUGGAUGGGUGGGAAUGAUGGACAAGGGGCAAAUCGAUGGUCAUGGCCUAAACAAGUUAUAUGGCUCAGCAGCACGGAUAUCAGGAAAAGAAGACUGA